ACGUAGUGUCCGAGGUGACUAUUGUUGUAAACAUGGCAGCUGCCACAGUCGAUUUUGAUGUUUGGUUGGCAGAAAAAUUGACAUCUUUGAAUCCAGAGGUAGAUACUGAAGUGUUUGUGUCCUACAUCAUUGGUAUCCUAGAGACAGAAACAGAUGCCGAAGACACAAAGGAAUCCAUCAUGGAUAUUCUGGGAGAAGUAUUGGAGAGUGAGAGGGAGUCAGUUUGUGAGGAGGUGAUACAAAGAUGGAACAAGGAACACAGUAAACCCACAGAACCAGAGACAGAUACAACUCAACUCGCAACCCAGCUGUCUGACAUUCUUGUCAGUGAGAAUAAGAAGAUUGAGAGUGUGAAACCAAAAGAAAAGAGUGCUGAAGAGAUAGCAAGGAAAGAAGCCAUCCUGGCUCAGUAUGCAGCAGUCUCUGAUGGAGAAACAGAUGACGAUGAGGAGGAAGAGUCAGGAGCCACUGAAGGAGGAUUAGUGAAAAAUGACAAUGCAGAGGCAGUUCAAAGGGCUGUUCAGGAACAGCGAGAAAAAUCCAAACAGGAAUACGAGAAAAAGAAGGAGAAAGAUAAACAAGACCGUGAAGUACAAAAACAGAAAGAGAAAGACAGAAAAGAGACCGAGAAGAAGCGAACACAGAAAGGAGAGAGACGAAGAUAACGACAAUCCCUAGCUAGGAUAUUUAAUUGUUUAGUAUUCAGAGCUGCCAAUUCUUAAUAUUUUGGUGUAUAGGAUUGAUCGUCUUAAAUAUGCUUUCAAUACCAUUUCAUAACCUAUUCUUCCAAUUUCCAUUUUUAUUAUUUCAGUUUUAAAUGCCAGAAUUUUCAUAGCUGGCUACUUAUAGUUUUCACUAUCAUGAUAAAAAAGUCCUUACAUUAAUUGCUAGUUUAUAUUGUAAUGGUCUACUUCCAUACACUCCUGCAGUCUUAAUUAUUUUAUUAUUGUAAACAAAGGGGAGAAAUCCAUCCACAAAUGAUCUAUUUGUGUAGAAUCUCUAGUGACUGAGGGCCUUAGUGUCCCUUAAAUCCCCACUUUUGAAUUUUUCAAUUUAUGACUUUUGCAGCUCUGGGUAUUGCCGGUAACCUUUUUUCAUGAAUAUACAGUCGAACUGGUAUAUGCUUCGAUGGCUACAGUUGGACUCCUUUUGCUUAUAUUUGAAACUGAAAUUUCAGUAGAUAAAUUAAAUCAGAUAAAAUGUAAUAUGUUUAGAGAUAUGAAUUACAUGUAGUUUACUGUUUAAUUAGAUACAUGUGAUUCUUUGUCAUAUAUAUUAUACAGAUUCAACUUAUUUACUCCCAUUUUAUCCAAUUUAGUUUUCUUUUCAAAUAUAUAUACCAAGUAUAUAUAUUUCUUUCUUUUUUGUGUUUUAGCAAAAGAGAAAAAAACCCAUUCUUUUGUAAUGUCACUUAAAAAAAUAUAAAAACUUCAAAGAAAUACCCCAUUGCUUUUUGGUUGAACUGUACAAGCAAAAGAAAGUUUCAGAUUAUGUGGGUAUAAACUUACUAUUCUGAUAGUAGAUGGUAGAACUGUUGAAAUUCAUAAAAUACUUGGGGCUGAAUAGUACACUAUGAUAUUUCAUUCUCUAUUUUAUAAGCAUCUGUGUGCUUGUACAAAUACACAAAAGUGUAAUGCUUGAUGCACUGAGGCUUGGAUUGUUGAAUGUAGCAGCUUAUAAGACAUUGUUGAAAAUAAAUACAUAUACAUAUGAAA